GUAAGUCCAACUAACCAAUCACAACCGAGGAACGACGGGGCGGUAUAUAUAUGACGUCACGUAGCCUUGAAAAAAACAAAACAACGAGAUUACAAAGUAGCACGACGGUGGGCCACAUGGUGUUAGAUAACCAGAGGCCGGUGUUUCGGUUCAUAACGAGAGAUUCAAACCGGACAUUUAAGCUAAACAGGGAGUGCCUUCAACGUCAGCGGAGUAGAUAAACGACCAAGAAUGUCGGCUGGCAUUGACACCGAAACUCGACUCACCCAAUUCAAAAACAAAGGGAAAGAUGCCAGUGAGCUGAGGCGCCGAAGGGCCGAGCUCAACGUGGAAAUCCGGAAAGCAAAGAAAGAAGAUCAGAUCCUGAAAAGGAGAAACGUCCAGUCGCUUCUGGACGAGCCAUAUUCUCCUCUGCAAGAUCCCAACGCACAGCAAUGGACUCUGGAGGAGAUUGUAGAAGGUGUAAACAGCCAGAACCUAGAUCUUCAGCUGCAGGCCACACAGGCAGCCAGGAGAUUUCUUUCCAGAGAAAAGAAUCCACAUAUCAACAGUAUGAUAAACGCAGGACUCAUCCAAAGGUUUGUUACUUUUCUAGCAUGUUCUGAAUGCCCUCCCAUCCAGUUUGAGGCAGCCUGGGCCCUGACCAACAUCGCCUCGGGUACCACAGACCAGACCAGAGCCGUCGUGGAAGGAGAUGCCAUCCCAGCGUUUAUCAGCCUGGUGUCAUCUCCCCACCCACACAUCAGCGAGCAGGCCAUUUGGGCCCUGGGUAACAUAGCAGGUGAUGGACCCAGCUCCAGAGACCUUGUGAUCAAACUUGGAGGUCUUCAGCCACUCCUAACCGUGCUGGAAUCCCAUGAACUGCCAACAUUUCCUCCUGGCUACCUGCGGAAUGUCACAUGGACUCUGUCAAACCUGUGUCGGAACAAGAGCCCGGCGCCUCCAAUGACGGCGGUGCAGCAGCUGCUCCCGGCCCUGGUGCUCCUCCUUCACCACGACGACAGGGAGGUUUUGGCGGACACCUGCUGGGCCUUGUCCUACCUGACGGAUGGCUCCAACGAGCGGAUAGAGGUGGUGGUGCAGUCUGGUGUGGUGCCCCGCCUCGCACAGCUGCUCUCCAGUGAAGAACUCUCCAUUGUGACGCCGGCCCUGCGGUCACUCGGCAACAUCGUGACUGGGACAGACGAGCAGACGCAGUGUGUGUUGAACUCGGGUGCCCUGUCGAAGUUUCAUGGCCUGCUGCAGCACCACAAGUCGAAUAUCCAGAAAGAGGCAGCAUGGACCGUGUCCAAUAUCACUGCAGGCAAGGACAACCAGAUCCAGGAGGUCAUCAACGCGGGCCUGAUCCCCAUCCUGGUGGAGGUCCUCCAACAGGGAGACUACAUGACCCAGAAGGAGGCGGUGUGGGCCGUCACUAACUUCACUAGCGGUGGGACAGUGGAGCAGGUGGCCUACCUGGUGCACUGCAAUGUGCUGGUGCCUCUGCUGAACAUGCUGAAGGCCAAAGACAGCAAAAUCAUCUUGGUCAUUCUGGAUGCACUCUUCAAUAUUUUACAGAUGGCAUUCAAAACCGGUGAAAUCGAGAAACUCUGCAUCAUGAUCGAGGAGGUCGGUGGUCUGGAAGAGAUCGAAGCCCUGCAGUCCCACGAAAACGAAGCAGUGUACAAGUCUGCUCUCAACAUCAUAGACAAGUUUUUCUCUGAAGCUAGUGAAGAUGAAUCUGUGGCUCCCGAGGCCUCUGCAGACUCUUAUUCCUUCCAGAUCCCCGACAGCCAAAACUCUUUCCAGUUUUAACAUUGCAAGAUGACUGUUUUUGUAACAGAAAAAAAAGACCAUUUGUAACUUUUGUUGAUAUUUUUGUAACUUUUUGACGUUUCAUUUUUUUUGCACAUGGCUAACGAGGACAUACCAUCCCUGUUUUUCAAAUCUGUAAAUAAAUUUUUACUCAUUUCAGAGGA